CCAAGGAAAUCAGAAGCAAACAGGAAUUAGGAAAUUAGGAAUACCCACAAAUGGUUAUUCGGUUAUUAGGGUUAAGUGAAAGAGAAAAGAACACAGAAAAUUCCCCAAUUUCCAAUCCGUCGCUAUAACGCUCGAAUUCUCUCGCGUUGCCUUACAGACAAACAGCACGCACAAAAUAACAGCUCUGAUAAGUCAUCCUCUCAGCCAAGAAAACCAAACGCCACCCUCUCUUUCUCUCUCUCCUCUUUGUCUCUCUCACUCUACAAAUUUGAGCAGCAAAGCACAAUCUUUGUGUUCUUCACCCGAUUCCCGUAUUACAGGGAUUUCUGCAUAGGGAAGAGAAUUGUUUGGUUUACGUCUCACUAAAACUCGUAAGUAACAGAGAGCAGUCAUAUGCAGCUAUGUUUUGGCUAUAUUAGCAAUAUCAGUUGUUUUGCGGUGCUGCGCUCGCGUGGCUACAAUCAGCUGUGAAGAAUCAUCUGAAACAGAUGAACUGUGAUUAUUAUGUCUGAACAACUGAUAGAAGGUCUUCCCGACGCUGUUGCCCUUAGGUGCCUUGCAUGGGUUCCCUUCUAUCUCCAUCCCAAGUUGGAGCUUGUUUCUCAUUCCUGGCAAGCUGCCAUUCAUAGUGCUGAACUUUUUAGAGCUCGACAGGAAGUUGGCUCAUGUGAGGAUCUAUUAUGCGUGUCUGCUAAUGAACCAGAUAAUUUAUGGCAGCUAUAUGAUCCACGUCGAGACCUUUGGAUUACACUCCCUGUUCUCCCCUCUAAAAUUAAAAACCUUUCCAACUUCGGCACUGUCUCAACUGCUGGAAAACUGUUUGUUCUUGGUGGUGGCAGUGAUGCCGUUGACCCACAGACUGGUGACCAUGGUACCUUUUCAACCAAUGAGGUUUGGUCAUACGAUCCUGUAAUUAGGCGAUGGAGCCCACGUGCAUCUAUGCUUGUUCCUCGUGCAAUGUUUGCAUGCUGUGUUUUAGGUGGAAAGAUUGUGGUUGCAGGGGGUUUAACCAGCUGUCGGAAAUCAAUCUCUUUAGCAGAAAUGUAUGACCCUGACAACGAUGCGUGGGCUCCAAUUCCUGAUCUACAUUUAUCUCAUAAUGCUGCAUGCUCAGGGAUAGUGAUUGGAGAAAAGAUGUACGUCUUGCACAGGGGUUUAUCAACGGUGCAAGUCUUCGACAAUGUGGGGCUUCAAUGGACGGUAGAGGAUUAUGGUUGGCAACAGGGUCCAAUGACAGUCAUUAAGGGUGCACUUUAUGUGAUGAGCCAUGGAGUUAUCUCCAGGCAAGACAGAGAAUCAGUGAAGGUAUUGGUUUCGGCUUCUGAGUUUGGUGGCAGAGUUGGGUUUGCAAUGGCUGGGCUAGGAGAUGAAAUUUAUGUGAUUGGUGGGGUGAUCCUCUCUGAACAUGGGACAUCUGAAAUCAAGCAAAUAUCAGACGUUGAUGUUCUCACGAUCGGAGGUGAAAGACCAACUUGGCACCAGGCAGCACCAAUGACACGGUGCAAAGGAAGUGUUUAUGGUUGUGCACAGUUGAGAAUUUAGGUCUCAUUUCUGGUCGCUAUUUGUUGUUGUUUCGUAGGUGCUCUUCCUGAUGCUUUUCAUUCCUGCUAGAAGGAAUUGGCCAUAUGCCAGCUGCCCUUUUGUUAUCGCCGGUCGGCUUUGUGUCAUGUUACGACUUGAGUUCCCCUCGGAACUCCUAUAUUCGAAGGUAGCACGGUAAAAGGCCGAAGCGCCAUUGGAAGAGGUAACAGUUUAGCAGUACAAGAAUUAUAUGAAGUAUCUCAUGGAUCAAGCACUUGUUUUCCUUUGUUUUCUUUCCCGGAUAAUUGAACAAAGAAUCUUAAUGUAUGUCCGCAUCUUAUUUAAAUUUCUUUCAUUCAUGUUUA